CUUAAUGAGCUAGGAUCCGAGGCCUUUCGUGAUUCCUCAGACGGUGAUCAGAAGGCACUUCUGACGAUCCAAAUUGCAAAGGCAAAGCUUUACGAGGCAAAGGUGGGAGUGGUUGAAAACCAAAGGCGUUCUGAGAUGUCUACAGGAACAACCCAGCAAACCUGGAUCAAUAAACAAAGGAAUCGAAAAAACGCACUGCUAAAGAAGAAAUUCAGUACAUAUCAUCGACAUGUUUCAAAGUACAAUUCAUCGCACAGAAGACGGGAUGCCUUAGCCGAUCUGACUUUUGAAGACAUUGAAUCUAUGCCUGUGACCCAUGGGUUCUGGGAUCUGGGUGGUUUGAGCCAUCCUGAAGAGCAAUGGGCUUCAAACGACGACACAAAAGAAGGCAUUCGAAUUUAUCUAGUGUGGAGAGCAGCUAACGAGGAGCUCCUGCAUAUUGCUAGAGAAACUCGACAACUUAUCCGUUGGGCGCUGGAAUUUCAAGUCAAGCUCGAUGACAUCCGCCGCGAGUAUUUAUCGACAGAUGAUCAUGCAAAAGCUGAUCGUAUGAAGUUUUUAUACAUCACACUGGUUAAAAAAACCAGCCGGUUAUGGAUGAUGUGGGAUGUUGAGCUAAAAGAUGUACUGGAUUGGUCAGCGCCGUACUUUGAUGGAGCCCUUGAUAUGGACCCACAAAUGUAUGAUCACUGGAGAAUGAUGAAGGCAAGGUCUAUGAACCAUUGGGCCGAACUUGUUGACAUGCCCCAUUUGUUUGCAAACGAGACAAAUGGAGUCCUUUUGACAACUAAUGCAAACUAAUAUGUUCAUUGCGAUGGUUUUUAGUAGUUUUCAAUAUUACAUUGUAGUUGAAAAUUUAUUUCAUUGCAAUACGAGGUUGGAUUUAAGAUAAUU